AUGACUACAAGCGCUGCUCCUCCUGUUUUGGAAUCCGAGUCCUCUGAGCCCAGUGUGUCAGUCUCAUCAUUGGAGCUGCGAGCGCAGAAUCCAGAUAGCUUUCUGUAUGUGGAACUUGCUAAGGCGCAUCUUGGAGAGCGUGCGGCAGAAAUCGUAGGACUUCUCAUUGCUAAGGGACGUCUAAGUGCGCGCGAAAUGUGUGAAAAAACUGAAUUGGACCUUAAAAGUGUAAAGACCACGCUGGUGUCGCUGAUCCAGCUUAGAUGCGUGCAGUACCUCGAGGAAACAGCUUUUUCCGGCCGCAAAACUACCUAUUAUUACUUCUGUGAAGACGGGCUCCUACUAAUGCUGUAUGCCGGUGAGAUUGUUGAGACGAUAAGAUGGCAGAUGCAGUCUGAUGCUGCAGCGCAAAUUGUGCAGAAUGUGCUUGCGCUGGGGUCUCUCACAGUGCGCAAUUACAUGGAAUCUGGUAUUCAAGAUAUGUCGCAAUCAGAAAUUUCAGCGCUUUUUGUACGCCUCUGUGAGUUUGGCUACCUUGUUCCGCUGACCGUCACAGAUUACACUACCGUCAGUGAUCUUUGGAACAGGUUGUAUACUAAGGAAUACAGUAAAAUUCCCAAGAACUCCACACUGUCUGAUCUCAAGAAGCGGACCGAGGCGAAACAAAAAGCCAAAGAACAAUUUUCCGCAUUGCUCAGCAAACCUGACCUUUCUAAACUAAUCGUCACAAAUCCACAAACGUCUCUUCGGCAAGUUGUUGACACUAUUCCAUUGACUUUCAGUCUGCAUAGAUAUCUUAAGACUAAAAGAUCGAAGCAUUUAGUCCACUUCGCCUCUGCCAGAGUUGGCAGUACACCUGCAUCCAUUUAUAAAAUUGCAUUAUUUCUUACUGAGCGCGCUUCUCCAGAAAUUAUCGAUCCAUUAACAAAGACAGGUCUCUUGCAAGAUAUUGAUGAGCAAAAUGCAUUUCAUGAUGAGGCUACUCUUGCUGAGGAAAAAGCACCCGGUGUAACCUUCAAUGCUAUCGACAUAUCUAAAUAUUUGCCUGAAAGCAUGGAUCUUCGCGGCUCUCUAAUUUCUAAAAUGAAAACUUCGAAGCGUGGAAGGGCCUCUGCUGCCGAAAAUCAAACGUCGAAAAAGGUUAAAACAGAAGAUGGCUUUGUUGUGCCGCCUCCCCCUUCAAAUUCAAUUGGCCAGGACCUAGAUUUAGACGAAGAAGAAGAGAUAGAUUUAGAUAUGGACGAGGAUGACAGUGAUCCGCAUUCUAUCUCUUUGAUCAACGGCCACUUGAAAUUACUUUCUUCGUCACGGAUACCAUUCCUUCAGGAGGCACAACCGGGACUUUUUUUUGUCCCUUACACCAAACUAACUCCACUGUUGAAGUCAUCUGUUUACGACUCGAUAAUAUCCUUCACUCUGGGGCAGUCUGCAGCAAGGAUUUUGCGCUGUGUCAGAGCGAACAGUUUAGUGACAGAGAAAGUUAUCAACUCCAUGGCUCUUAUGAAAGAAAAGGAUAUCCGAUGUGUUAUUGCAUCACUUAUCAAUUAUAAUGCAGUGGAAAUUCAAGAAGUGCCACGCACAGCUGAUCGAGCUGCUUCCAGGUCUGUUUUUCUCUUCAGGAAUAAUGAAAAGCAUGCCUAUGAUUUAAUGAAAUUAAAUUUGACCUGGAAUAUAGCAAACCUAUUGCACAAGACGGAAGAGUUGAAGGACGAUAACUCUACUUUGCUAACUAAGGCAAAUAGAGAUGACGUUAAAGGUCGGGAAGAAGAGCUCUUGCUACCAAGUGAAAUCAAUCAACUGAAAAUGGUCAAUGAGCGGGAGCUUAAUGGUGUUACGAGAAAUAUGAGGCUUCUCUCUUUAUGGGAGGUAUUCAAAUUUUUCUGA